GCUAUCAACGAGGUGGCUUUGGGCCGCCCCAACGUCGUGGUCCUGCCUCUAGACGUGACGGACCCCAACAGCAUUAAGGCGGCUGUCGGGAAGGUGCGGGAGGAGGUGGGAAGCGCCGGCCUCAACCUCCUCAUCAACAACACCAGCACCACGCGCCGCAGCACGCUGGCCACCGAGACGGCGGAGAACAUGAGCCUUGUCUACGCUACCAACACCAUCGGACCCCUGCAGAUGAGCCAGGCGUUCCUGCCCCUGCUGAAGGAGGCAGCUGAGGCCGAAGGGCAGCGAGGCAUGAGCUGCAGCAGAGCCGCCAUCGUCAACAUCUCCAGCAUCUUGGGCUCCAUCGAGGUGGCGGAGGCUUGGGAGGACAGGCAGGACGUCUGCUACCGCUGCAGCAAGGCUGCUCUGAACAUGCUCACCAAGUGCCUGGCCCUGGAGUACGGGAGCAGCGGGAUCCUCUGCGUCUCUGUGGACCCCGGCUGUGUGACACCUCCCUUGGGAAGGGGGACGGCUGCUCUGAACAUGCUCACCAAGUGCCUGGCCCUGGAGUACGGGAGCAGCGGGAUCCUCUGCGUCUCUGUGGACCCCGGCUGUGUGACACCUCCCUUGGGAAGGGGGACGGGCCCGGUGACGAUGGAGGAGAGCGUGCGGGGCGUCCUGCGGCUGCUGGCCCGGCUUUCGGCCACCAGUAACGGCACCUUCUGGGACUGGAGAGGGCAGAGCCUGCCCUGGUGA